AAACACUGAGAACCUCGCAUCGCCGAUCAACGCUGGGUCCUCUUCAUACCAUACCAUCCCUUGCUUGCCCUGUGCUAUACAAUAAUCUAUCUGUUGCUCUCUUCUCUUCCCAUGUCUAUCUCUGAUAAUCUAGCUAGCAGGUAGUCUAGCUGGUAUAUACCGUAUGGAUAUUGUUUUUAAAAGGGAGAGGAAACGAUAGGGGUAUCCACUGGUAGCUAGCUACCUGCAGCUAGUAGUAUUAUCUAUCUGAUCAGCAUCAUGGUAUCUCCAAUAAUACUAGAAGACGAAGAUGGUUCCAGUUCGGUGGAAGACAAGGAACAGACGGCUGGAUUGGCGUCGCAUGAAAAUGGAUCCCUUGAGGCUGGCAAGAAGAAGAAGAUUGACUUGAUAAUUCCUCGCAAGCCAAUGGAAGUGGAAUACCAAGCCCGUUUGGAUCAUCGAGAACGAGUACGCCAACAGCAACGCGAAGAAGAACAGCGUCAGGCCGAAGAGCAAAUGGAACGAACGAGAUUGCAAAUGGAAGAAUUACAGCAGCAAUUGCAAACGGCACAAUCGCAACAAGAACAAGUGAUUCGGACCCUGUGCGUACCAUCCUCCAAACCUGCUAGCAGUAGCAUUAGUGACAAGACACCAUCGGUGGCACGACGGAGACGGAGUUCUCAGACGGAAGUAGAAAUCAAUGACGAACUACAAUCUACAUCUAGUACUGCCAAGAAUGCAGCAGCUACCCCCAUGCAACAAUUGGUUCUGGAAAACUACGAGGAACUCCAAAGGAUAGAAACUCAGCAGCAAAACGAAUCGUUCUCCCAAGAUGAUGACGACGACGAAGAAAGUCUUGGCAUGAACGACAUUUCCGAUCCCACACUGACGAGCGAGGGCGACGAAGGAGAAGAAGACGAGGAAGAAAAAAAGGAAUCCGACGUGAUCAUGAUGAGGAAACAACAACACACUACUAAUCAAGAUACAACACCCCAACCACCACCCAUUCGUCGUGGUCGGCAAGUUCCCGCGCAAACGUCGUCUCAAAAAUCCAAUGCCAUGCCACCCCGACGACGAUCCACCCUCGAAGAUUCGGGAACGUCCACCAUGAACUCGGUAGAACAGUGGAAACAAAAACGAAGUCAAGUGCAACAAGCCAUGGGCAAUCAGAAUGACGUACCGGUACAACCUACUCGACGAAACAACAGCAGCCAAAACACACCACCCCGCAAUGUACGACGGAAACGAUCCAGUUCACUCACCGAAAUGGAUCGACGGAAUGGUCGUCACAAUACUACUAACCAAAAGGAAGGAGAUGAGACACCCAAAAACGGCUUUUUCGAUUGGAAAGGGCAUCGAAAAACCAGUCGAGGAGGACGAAACAAUUCGCUUUCGGCAUCGGAUCAUCCAGAGCCCCAUUCGGCAACGGUAUUACGAAAACCAGAACGACGACAUACGGGAGAUCCACCCGACGAAACCGAAAUGUCCGAACGAACGUCCCAAUUUCGAUCCCUCCAACAAUGCCACACCUUGCAACAAGGAUUGUUUGAAGAAACCAUUGACAUGAUACAACAGGAAUCGGAAUCGGUCGUCGCCAUUAGUAGUGUCAAUGAUCCCGUCUCACAGCAUCGACGGAAAUUGGAAAUUCAACCAUCGCCCGUCGAACAAACCAUUCUGAUACCACCAUCACAGCCACAACACGCACACGAACCACCCGUCUUUUGUACACCGCGCGAAUUGCAAUCCAUGAGUCACACUAAUAGCGACAAUAAUACGAAUCUAUCUCCCAGUCCCCCACGACGAACCGUCAACAAAUCACUCCUCGACAUGGGAUUUGGACCCAACAAUUACGACUUUUCCGACGACGACGACGAAGAGGACGAAGAAGAUCAGCAAGUACGAUUGCGGAGACAACAAAACGUCUUGCAUUUGUCCAGUUCUUGGAAUGAUCUUUUCCAGUCGUCCAAUUCAUCCAUCGCAGCACAAUCGCAAUUGUCCAUACCACGACGGAGAGGAUCCAUGAGCAGUGACAGUGAUGGAAUUUUGCAAUUUGAACCCGAUGACGACGACGAUGACGAAAGCGCUAAUAAUAAUAAGCAAGAGACCGUCCAAGAGUUAGAGCAGGAAGCCCGACCGACCAUACAUAUUUCGCCACUCAGUCCUGGAUCCAUCAAACGAGACAACGAAUUGUUGCACAUGAGUGGGUCUCUCACAGACUUUUUUGUCCACGACGAAGACGAUGAAAAUGACGAUGUCUUUGACGAAAACUACAACAAGUCACUGGAAUCGUGGAGGAAUAAUCAGCAAAACAAUAGCGGGGAAGCACGAAAGAACCUCAGUGAUUCCAAUAUCAAUUACGAUUCUGCCACGGAUUUGGCGUUACAUCUGCAAAUGCAGGGGUCGGGGAGUUCCAACAUGUCCAUGUUUGAGUUUUCCCAUUCUUCGGAUGACCCAUCGAAAAUGUUGAGCAAAUUCCAGGAAUCCAUGUCACAAUACACCGAAGCGGGAGGUGUCAAUGCCAGCACGUUGAUGGAGCAUUUACGAAAAACUCGUGGCAAGCCUGCCUUUCGGUGGGAUGCCCGUGGUGGUAGCAAGAGUAGUGAUAAUUGGGGUGGUAGCAGUCAUCACGGUCGCACGACAAUCACAAGCAACAGUACCAGUAUUGGCAGCAGACACGGAAGAAAGGCUCCAACUAAUCCCAUGAGAGAACUGCGCAAAAAUCAGCAAGCAAAACGAAAGAGCGAAGUCAAUCCCAAAGGCCAAAAACAUCAGCAUCGCAGUAGCAUUACCAAGGUCCCAGAUGCUGGCAACACCAAGGACAUUACACCUGACAAUAGCAAAGACCAUCAUCAUCAUCACCACCAUCAUGGCCACAACACCAGCAACAGUAGUACUCCAGCCAAUAAUGAAAAACCACCGAGCAGACGUAGCCGGCGGGGCAGUCUCGGAGAGCACCUUCAAAAGAGCAAUCAAAAGCUCAUGGAAGUUUCAGCCGAACCAGGUGAAUCUUCCACAGUACAACCAGCUUUGCCGGAGGCGACAAAGAAGUCCUCGUCUCCAGUCAAGAAAGAAAGAACCAGACGUCUACCCGGUCGUGAAGAGAACAAAGCCAGACCCAAACGCAUAUCUAGUGGCGAAGAGAACGAACAAGGCAGGCGUCUACCACGUCGUGAACGCAGAAAUCGACCAGGGCGAACUCGGUCGCGAUCCUUGUCAGAUUUGCAGCGCCUGCGCCCCGACACGAACAAGGCUAAUAAAAAGAACUCCGAUCGCAGCACUGAAGAGGAUGACUCGUCCGCUACAGACGACCCUCAGAUUACCAAAUACAAGAGCCUCGUCGGGGAUUUGGUAGAACAAGAAAAGUCAUCAGCAGCAAGGAAAGAAGAACGAGAUGGCGGAGAAGUCAACAAAAACUCGUCAGCGCCGAACCGACCCAAUCGACCGUACAAUUGGGCCAACCCUCGAUCGCGCCGUCGGGCCUCGUAUGAUUGGAUGAAACACCAAGACGGCAACGCCAAAGACAACAUGCUCGCCUUGGUGGGGCAGGAUGUCCUAGUGAAGGACGGCGAUGACGAUUUCCCUAUUAGAACCCCCCGACGAGGUCCUCUGGAGCGUCAUCGUUCGAACUCGCUUACCAACCUGAUAAUUGUAAUACAUGAGGGCUGGGAGAAGGAGCACGAGGAUCCUGAUUACAAUUGGAAAAAAUGCAAAAACCACGACCCGAUCUUGACCUCCGAUAGUGUGAUGCAUUUCACAGGUACAACUCCUGCUGGUGCCCUAUCCGAAAUGUUGCAGGAGGAUGAUGGUAGACGACAACGGCUGACAGACGAGCCAAGCUCCAGUUUCUCUUCCAGAUCCAGUCGGUCGGUGGAUGUAGCAGCCAAAAAGCCCAUGCGUCGGUUCACUGCUUUGGUGCAAAAUGGCGCAGGGCAGAUUGAAAAGGAACCUGAUUUGCAUGCGUCUUAUGAUUGGGAUCAGCACAACCAAAACCCUACGCCAAAGGGUUCCUCAGAAGCACAUCAAGCGGAGUCUCUGAUGGAGGAGAGUAUGCUCAUUGUGAACGAGGACGGCGAGAGUCAUUUCCUUCGGUCUGACGAGGAGGAGGAAGAAGAUCUUGUACCCGCUGCUGGUUCGCGAAGCAGAGCUAGUUUAGGUGCGUAUCUGUCUGCAUCGGCAUCCGCAAACAAUAAGAGCACGGAAGCAAUCGAAAAGAUAUUUGACUGGACGGCGGCACUUUGCAAGGGAGAACUCGACAAAUCAACGAUAGCUGGUAGCAGUGACAAUCCGAGCUCUGAAACCAGCAGCGCAAUGCCUUCUAGUGCCAGCUCGGUUGACGUUGCAGCUAAGAAACCAUUACGGGCAUCCACGAUGGACCUGAGCUUCUCAGACCUCGAUGUUGAAGAAGCGGAGCCUGCAGCAUUGCCAAGUGCUGCCGACGGGGAUGAACCGGGCGACAAACGACACUCAUUAGAGGAAUUCAUUGGCAGCAAAUCUUCCAUAAUGAAAGGCGUUGGAUCGGUAGCUGGACAGACAAUGGACCCCUCUAUAGUCACUGGUGCUGCUGUAUUGGGAUCUACGAGAAGCGAGAGAAAAACGGCCCCGGACGGAGUAGCGUCCGUAGCAAAUGAAAACAGCAAGGGCGAAGAUGAUCCGAAGGCUUCAAUACCGGAAGCAGCAAAAGAAAACCCAGAUGCUGCUGUCCUCGAUGCAGCCCAAACUCACAACGCAAAGCGUGACGUACAUGGAUCUCGUGACAGACGAAGCAGAGGCGUACAGAGAACUCGAUCAAGAUCGCUAACGGAUGUUGGCCGUGCAGGAAGACGAAGCAAGGAUGAAAAACCUCGGGGGUCCAGGCGACGAGCGAGUAUAACAGUCAAUCAGUCGGCCCCCAAGGAUGGAAGCGGAAACAGCCGAGGGCGUGAUAGCGCCAGACCAGAGGUCCGUCGUACUCGUUCAAAGUCCCUCACGAAAUUCUUUGAGGGUGAAAAGGCAUCCCAAACAGAGACGGGACAGACUUCGACAACCAGAAGCCGCGGCAGCCGUGAAAGUAUGACCAAGAGCCGAACCAGCGAGACGACUGCAGAAGCAGAACGUGACCGAAAUCGAGGCCGAGACAGAGAUAAAACACGCGAUCGCAGGCGCUCCAGGUCUAGGUCGUUAACUGAUAUGGACUCAAUGAGACAAAAGGAUGCCGCAAAGGGCGCUGCAAAGCGAGCUUCCAUGGCGUCUGAAACACAGAGACCAAGGGCACCCGACAAGGAAAACCGCCGUCGUUCCACAACGUCAGAGGCGGAAAGGAUGAAGAGGGGGAACAAGAGUUCGGGUAGACUUAGCAAGACAACCCACCACGCCAGGGCGCCGAACAAGCACUCAAGAAGAACCAGCGACCGUCUCGGCACAAGUCUCCAUCUGAACCUCGGAGCAGUAUCAGCUUCCAGUGAAGCGUCGGCUUCUCGAGUGCGAGGACGCGAAAACGGAGAUCGCAAACCAGAAUUGCGACGACGACGGUCUAGUUCCUUGUCGGAUAUGGAAGGCAUGGACAAGGAACGUCACGGAAGACGCGAGAGUACAACAAACAAGGAAGGUACGGGAAGAUCAGGCCGACGCAACCGACGCGGCGAUUCAAUGGGCCAGAGUGAGCAUGUUCAACCACGUCGGCGUCGACCCGAACGACAAAGAUCAAGGUCGCUGACAAACAUGGAUCAAAGGGAUCGCCGGGGCAAGAAGCGAGAGGUGGCGAGUGGAGUGGAUGGCAACCCCCAGCAAGAGGGUGUUACGACACCUCGCCCCAAUAUGCUUUCCUACGAUUGGCAACAGCACAGCGCAUCUACAACGUCCAUGAUGUCGAAUUCUUCUAAACCGCAGCGUGACAGAAGGGCUACCCUCGCACGAACACGAUCUCAGUCACUAUCUAGUCUUUUCGGCGACAAGAGCCGAGGCCACACGUCGGAUGCAUCUAUCGAGGGGUCAACGCACAAAGGAGGGUCAGCCGGGUACAACUGGUCUCAACAUGGCCGCACAGACGAAACAGGAAGAACAGUUUCUUCUGGGGCCGACGGAGCGGUGUCACCGGGGCCAAACCCACGGCGCACUAGGAAUCUACGCGGAGAAGGACCACGGAGCCCUAGGAAGCGUCAAGAUGCCGGUUAUGAUUGGAAUGCACACGUCAGCCCGACCUCCAACAAAGGCGACGAUGGUGGAGUGGACAAACGUUCACUGUUGUCACGAUCCAAGAGCCGAUCGCUGACAGAUUUGGGCCGGUCCAUCGCGGACCUGGACGGUCUCAUCACGACCAGCAUCGAGGAGAGUCCAUUUGAGAAUUCUGAUCGAUCUAAGAUUUCUGCUGAUGCAUCCAGCAAUAGCUUGGCCAUUUCAAGAAGCUCGCUGAACGCGUCUGGUAUUGAUUUGCAAAAGAGCAUUACUGCAACUCAGGCGGCUACUAGUCUACAAACCGCAACACCCCUGAGCAUGAUCAUCUCGGACGCUCUGGGAGAAGGUUCGGAACAGACAACAGGCGAUUCGACAACCGAGUCAUCAAAGUGAGACAGCGCCAAGCUGGCUACUAGCUAGAUAAUGUCUCCUGCUGCGUUUGGCGGCCUUCUUCUUGUCAAUAACCGAAAGCAGCUACAGCUACUACACCAGUGGCUAGCUGGAACUUUGGAAUGUACCAUACUGCUAUGGUUUUGUUGGUCUACGGCCAUGUCGUGAUGUUGGGCCUGGAGUGCGGCCAUGAGUAGUAGCAAGAGGGCCUGCCUGGAGAUAGAUGUGCCAGAGUGGGGCUCAGAAUUGGUGCUUUGCUAUUUCUGAAGUUUGUCCUGCAGCCUUGUGAGAGAGGACCCUGGCUGACGUGAAUAGAGGAAUCAGCCUUUUGUGAACUUUAAGUAUUACUGGCAGUAGCUGCCUGCCUGUGGAGCUUUACGGCGCAUAUUGUAAAUUGAUCUCUGAUCCAGUGUCAAAGAUGAAGCAAACAAAAACAAUAAAGGAACUAGCUAGUGCUUGGAUGAACUUCGGUCAAGGGAACUUGAGGCUUUGCGUUUGAGGGCAGGUCUCUUCAACUUGGCCUUGUUGCAUUUUCCUGCUUGAGGGGAACUCCAUUUGUGAGGUGCUUCACGCAAGAGCCCGUAGAGCAAUGGGACAAGCUGUUGGACACGGACACCUUUCGGAGUGCCUGCUUGUGAAAUCACCGAGGUUACUAGUUGGGCCAUGUCCAGAGACUUCUCCGUACCUCGCAACAGAUGCCUACCAAAGCGGUUGAGUGUUGUGUGGUAGACAAUGAUUUCAUCCUUUUCGGUUUUCUCGCACAUGUGACCAUAGUGCCAAGCCAGCCGUAUUUUGACAUUUGUCAGAGUUGUAUUCCGCUGCAAGAUCUCAAUCAUGCGGGCCGCAUAUGUUUUGGCAUGGACUCUACCGAUACUUGUAGCUAUUAGUUGGAGCUUGAACUCCUGCAGCUUUGAGGCAUUGCCCACUCCAGCCAAAGCAUCCAAAAGUGGCAGCAAAAUCUUUUUUCUUGUUUUUUUCUCAUUGGCAAUUUCACAGGAGAAUAUUUCGAGAGACUGCAACGGACCAGAUGCAAUUUGGUAGGAGAUGGCUUCAACCAGGUUACAAUCAAUAGCAUCUCCUACGUCGAUUCGCAAUUUCAAAACGUCCAGCUUUGUCAUGUUCCGCACCUUUGAUGCCAAUGCAGACCUUGCUUCUAUGAUGUCUCCAUCUCCGAAUUUGCUUGGAAGAACGUGGGAGAAAUUGUAUCAUUCUGCUUAGGACAGCAUCGCCAAUAUCCCUUCCAUGUGCUGAUUCAAAUGCCUUGGUAAAGGGGCUUCUGAUCUUUUUAGGAUUCUCGGAAUACGUUAGGGCUUCUGGAAACAAGACAAAGAAAGUCUCGAACCGCGUUAGCUGUCCCAAUUCAAGUAUGUGCAACAUGAUUGGAGCAAUCGAUUUUGGUUCCAUUACGCUGGGAUCCACUAUAUACACGGCCCUUGAGAAACUCAAUGACAUCACGCCUCGGACCAUGAUAACAUGCAUCCCGGAAGACAUCAUCCGUCAUUGCUGCUGGAUCUGCUUGAUAGACCAAACGGACCAUCUCCAAAGGUGCUCCUGUGACCACCAAGUUGUGAAGUGGCGACAGGCCUUGGAGGUCAUCCAAGUACACAAACUCCCUAUUGGGAUUCUCUCCGUCUUGAAUCUGAAGAAGUGGCAUGGGUCGUCAAAAUCUUCAAAAAUGAUCAAGCAGUAUCAGGUACUGGAAAGUCCCGCAAAUGCUGAAAUCGCUGAAAAGCUAUGUAAAAGUGUUGAAUUUUGGUUCAACAGUCAAGAGAUUCG